AGAGAGCGAGAGAGAGAGAGAGAGAGCGAGAGCGAGCGCGCGCAAGCAAGCUAGCGAGCAAACCAGAGAGACAGACCGAGAGAGGGACCAGGAGAGAGACCCAGAGAGAGAAGAAGAAGCCAGAAGCCGAGCUCUGUCAGGGCUCAACCUCCAACUUGUUUCAGUUCAUUCAUCCUUCUCUCCUCUCCGCUCAGACUGUAGAGCUCGGUCUCUCCAAGUUUGUGCCUAAGAAGAUGAUAAUCACACAAAUGAGUCACUAUUACGUGACCAGCCUUGGGAUUCUUUUCCUGAUUAAUAUUCUCCCUGGAACCACUGGUCAAGGGGAAUCAAGACGACAAGAACCUGGGGACUUUGUGAAGCAGGACAUUGGCGGGCUGUCUCCUAAGCACGCCCCGGAUAUUCCUGAUGACAGCACUGACAACAUCACUAUCUUCACCAGAAUCUUGGAUCGUCUUUUGGACGGCUAUGACAACCGGCUGCGACCUGGGCUUGGAGAUGCAGUGACUGAAGUGAAGACUGACAUCUAUGUGACCAGUUUUGGCCCUGUGUCAGACACUGACAUGGAGUACACUAUUGAUGUAUUUUUUCGGCAGACAUGGCAUGAUGAAAGACUGAAAUUUGAUGGCCCCAUGAAGAUCCUUCCACUGAACAAUCUCCUGGCUAGUAAGAUCUGGACACCUGACACCUUCUUCCACAAUGGCAAGAAAUCGGUGGCUCAUAACAUGACCACGCCCAACAAGCUGCUCAGAUUGGUGGACAACGGUACCCUCCUCUACACAAUGAGGUUAACAAUUCAUGCCGAGUGUCCCAUGCAUUUGGAAGAUUUUCCCAUGGAUGUGCAUGCCUGCCCACUGAAGUUUGGAAGCUAUGCCUAUACAACAGCUGAAGUGGUUUAUUCUUGGACUCUUGGAAAGAACAAAUCUGUGGAAGUGGCACAGGAUGGUUCUCGCUUGAACCAGUAUGACCUGCUGGGCCAUGUUGUUGGGACAGAGAUAAUCCGGUCUAGUACAGGAGAAUAUGUCGUCAUGACAACCCACUUCCAUCUCAAGCGAAAAAUUGGCUACUUUGUGAUCCAGACCUACUUGCCAUGUAUCAUGACUGUCAUUCUGUCACAAGUGUCGUUCUGGCUCAACAGAGAGUCUGUUCCUGCCCGUACAGUCUUUGGUGUCACCACUGUGCUUACCAUGACCACCUUGAGUAUCAGUGCCAGAAAUUCCUUACCUAAAGUGGCAUAUGCGACGGCCAUGGACUGGUUCAUAGCCGUCUGUUAUGCCUUUGUAUUUUCUGCACUGAUUGAAUUUGCCACUGUCAACUAUUUCACCAAGCGGAGUUGGGCUUGGGAAGGCAAGAAAGUACCAGAGGCCCUGGAGAUGAAGAAGAAAACACCAGCAGCCCCAGCAAAGAAAACCAGCACCACCUUCAACAUCGUGGGAACCACCUAUCCCAUCAACCUGGCCAAGGACACUGAAUUUUCCACCAUCUCCAAGGGCGCUGCUCCCAGUGCCUCCUCAACCCCAACAAUCAUUGCUUCACCCAAGGCCACCUACGUGCAGGACAGCCCGACUGAGACCAAGACCUACAACAGUGUCAGCAAGGUUGACAAAAUUUCCCGCAUCAUCUUUCCUGUGCUCUUUGCCAUAUUCAAUCUGGUCUAUUGGGCCACGUAUGUCAACCGAGAGUCAGCUAUCAAGGGCAUGAUCCGCAAACAGUAGAUAGUGGUGGCAGUGCAGCAACCAGAGCACUGUAUACCCUGUGAAGCAUCCAGGCACCCAAACCCCGGGGCUCCCCUACAUGUAUUUCAGGAUUCUUCUUUUUACCGCUCUACCAAGCUGUAACUCUCAAUUCAUAUUUAUGAAUCUCUAUGAAAAAAAUAACUACAGAAAAA